CAUUGCGUUUGAAACGUGUUUUUCUUUCCGCGCAAGAGUUUGUGUAUUUCAUUCGUCCGAUUCAUUUUUACUCUCAUAAAUCAUGAUGAGUAAAUCACUUUAGAGAAGCUCGCAUGGGAUUGUGAUCACGAGUUUACUUUGUCUCUCUACCUGCAGUCUGUUUAUCCGUCCGCCAUGGAGGCUCUGACCGAGGCUCUGUCCGGCAGUUUCUCGGUGUCCAGAGAAAUAAACAGCACUUCUGCUCCUCAUCCCCGCCUGGCGCAGUACAAGAGCAAAUACAGCGUGCUGGAGCAGGGCGAGCGGCGCAGGAGGUUCCUGGAGCUGCAGAAAGAGAAGAGGCUGAACUACGUGAAUCACGCUCGUCGUCUGGCGGAUGGAGACUGGAGCACUGCCGACAGUGAGGAUGAGGAGGAGGCAGAGAAGAAGAUUCCGCAGACGGAGAACAGCGCAGAUGAAGAGGGCAUGGAGGUCGAGCAGAGGAAAAAACUGCCCAAACAUUACGCCAACCAGCUGAUGUUGUCAGAGUGGUUGGUGGAUGUUCCUGCAGAUCUGAGCUCUGAUUGGCUGAUGGUGGUUUGUCCAGUUGGGAAACGGUCACUCGUUGUCGCGUCCAAGGGAUCCACAACAUCGUACACCAAAAGCGGCUACUGUGUGAAUCGCUUCCCUUCUCUGAUCCCCGGCGGGAACAGACACAACUCUGCUCUGGGCAAAGAUUACACCAUCCUGGACUGCAUCUACAGCGACGUGGACAGAACAUAUUACAUCCUGGACGUCAUGUGCUGGAGGGGACAUCCUGUGUACGACUGCUCCACGGAGUUCCGGUUCUACUGGCUUCAGUCUAAAGUGGACGAGGUUGAAAGUCUUUCUGAAAUUUCCAAGAUUAAUCCUUUCAGAUUUGUGGCCUUGAGUAGCAUCGGCUGUUCAACAGAGUCCAUCCAGACAGCUCUCGCACAUGAAUACAGCUAUAAAGUGGACGGCCUUCUCUUCUACCACAAGGAGACGCACUACACCCCGGGCAGCACGCCAUUGGUCGGAUGGCUCAGACCUUACAUGGUGGCCGAUAUAUUGGGCAUCGAUGUGCCACAGUGUCCUCUCACUAGCAAACCGGAUUAUGCCAGCCACCAGCUUCAGCAGAUCCUGGAGCACAAGAAAACAUCCACAGAAGUUCGGCCGGCAGAUCAAAAUGGCCGAUAUGAACUCGAACACCUCUCCACUCCAGAGACACCGACGCAGAACUCCCAUCCCGCUCAGAAAGAAAACAUGGAGACUUGAAAACACUGCGUGAAUUUUUUUAGAAAGCACUUUUCUCGAGCCUGCGCACAGCUGUCGAGAUGAGUUUUUAAUUGCUCCAUUUGCAAUUCAGUUCUACGGUUUCUACUUCAGAAAUGAACGCAUUCUGCAGGUUCUAUUAGGCAGCGUAAAUGAUCAGAAAUCAUCGUACUCCGUUGAAUUCACCUGCUCUGUUUAGACCAGGGGUCACCAAUCUCUGUCCUGGAGGGCCGGUGUCCCUGCAGGGUUUAGCUCCAACUUGCCUCAACACACCUGGCCGUGUGUUUCAAAUAUACCUAGUAAGACCUUGAUUAGCUCGUUCAGGUGUGUUUGAUAAGGGUGGGAGCUAAAAUCUGUAGCACACCGGCCCUCCAGGAACAAGUUUGGUGACCCCUGGUUUAGACAUUCAUCUUUAUUGGAUUUUAUAAAUAGCUUUUUAAUUAGAUAUUCUCAUUGGACGAUCAGGUCAUUUCAACAACCAUACGGAUUGUUUAUUUUAAUUUGUGUUGUGACUUCAAUAAACUUUUACUGUCUGUUUUGUUUA